AUUUCCAACUUCAACUUCAAGUUCUUGAGCAGUCUGACUCGAUUCCUGAGUGGGCUGAUUUGUGCUUGAAGUUGAAGCCUGAAGGCUGACGCUCAGGGGCGAACAGGAUUGGAUUGGAGCUCCAGAAAGCUGGAUGCAGGUUCUCUCUCUUGCUUGAUUGCUUGGCACAAUGGGAGCUUCGAAACUGGUUGGAGGGAUCACACGCCACGUCGCAAGAGUGGCGCAGCGACGGUCCGGCCAACUGCUCAAUGGACGAUCAGCGGAGCUGAUACAACCCGCCGCUGCUGGGCCGUUGCUAUUGCUCCGUGACAUCAGCACUGCAGCAGGCUCGCAUCAUGGUUUGUCAGGUUUGUCAAGGUCAAGGUGGGAACUCGGUCGCACCGUCCCCUGGCAGGCAGUUUGGAGCCGUGGCUUUGCAGACGGCGAUUUUACAGCGGUUGUUCCGUCCAUGGGAGAGUCAAUCACGGACGGCUCGUUGGCUGCAAUUCUGAAAAGCGAAGGUGACCAUGUGGAGGCUGAUGAGGUCAUUGCACAAAUCGAGACCGACAAGGUGACGAUCGACGUCCGCACUCCCGAGGCUGGCACCAUCACCGCCAUCAAAGUCAAGGAGGGCGACACAGUCACCCCGGGUACGGUGGUGGCCACUCUCAGCAAAGGAGAGGCUCCCCCCAAAACGGAUGCGGCUCCAAAGGCAGAAGAGCCCAAAUCUGAGGAGCCCAAGGCAGAAGCACCCCCCCCCAAGGAAGAGAAGAAGGCGGCGCCCCCACCUAAGCAGGAGAAGGCUGCGCCGCCGCCCCCUCCGAAGCCGGCCAGCCCCCCGCCCCCGAAACCAGCCGCGCCGCAGGACACGCCGCAGCUGGUGCCAAAGGAUCGGGAGCGCAGAGUUCCAAUGACGCGGCUGCGGAAACGGGUUGCGACCCGACUCAAGGACUCCCAGAACACGUUCGCCCUACUGACCACCUUUAACGAGAUCGACAUGACCAACAUCAUGCAGCUGCGAAGCGACUUCAAGGACGCCUUUCUGGAGAAGCACGGGGUCAAGCUGGGCUUCAUGUCUGGCUUUGUCAAGGCUGCUGCGGAGUCCCUAAAAAAGGCGCCGGUUGUGAACGCAGUCAUCGACGGUGAUGACAUCAUCUACAGAGACUAUGUCGACGUCAGCAUAGCCGUGGGCACGCCCAAGGGCCUUGUCGUCCCGGUUCUGCGUGACGCUGAGAAGCUGGGCUUUGCCGACAUCGAGAAGAAGAUCAACGAGCUUGGGGAGAAGGCGCGCAGCGGAACGCUCUCUAUCGACGAGAUGGCGGGCGGAACGUUCACCAUCUCCAACGGGGGCGUCUACGGCAGUCUGCUGAGCACGCCCAUCGUCAACCCUCCCCAGUCCGCCAUCCUCGGCAUGCACUCCAUCCAAAAGCGCCCAAUGGUCGUCGGGGCGGACAUCAAGCCACGGCCGAUGAUGUACGUCGCUCUGACGUACGACCACCGCCUGAUCGACGGAAGGGAGGCAGUCCUGUUCCUGCGAAACGUCAAAGACAUCGUUGAAGAUCCCCGCAGGCUUCUGCUUGAUGUUUAACAAGAUAGCCAACCCGGUGCUGCAUUGGAAAAGCCGCUUGUACUUACUCAUAUAGCAAUCUCAAGUAGCCCGUGGUACAUACUGCAAGCUUGAGAGGUGAUGCACAGCCACUAAAGGCGUUCCUGGUGUAUGGUGCACAGCAUUGAUACGCAACUGUCCUUGAAUAAGAAGCAAUCGUUGUUUUCUUACCUGUCCCACUUGUUUUGUGCUUUCAACGUGUAUACAGCGAAUGCUCAAGAACGAAUUCCAGAACCUCAGUAGGCUCGAAAGCCUGUUUAUUAGUCAAAAGACUCGAUGCCUCCCAACCUUGUCGCACCGCAACACUGGCCUCGAAAAGUUAUCGGUAUUUGAUGUUAUGACUUCAGGUCAAC